UCUCGAUUGACGAGAAUGGAGAAUCAAUAUUCAUUGAUCCAUUGAUCGUUGUCCAAAUCUUUGGAAGUUGGAAGUGGCUUUUCGGUUCGAUUUUAUAGGGAUUGUCCAGGUUUAAACAACUGUUUCAUUAUUCAACGGAACAAGCAGAGUGUCGGAAUGUAUGCUCUUUAUUGAUGGUUUUGCUGUUGAGAAGUAGAGACAAUACAAAAACGGUCUGAAAACGGGAUGGCUGGAUCCGCCAGAUUUCAGUUAGUCCCGUUGUUGAUCCGACUCAGAACAGCUAUACUCGUAGGACUGGGUACUCUCUUUACAGCAAUACUAGCUACUGGAUUAAGAGGGGAUUGGCUAUUCAUUUACAUCCAAGUUAAGAGACUAUGGCACGGAGAUGCAACAUGGAAAUCGCCCGAAACGGACAACCCGUCUAGCGGAGUAUUUGACGAUCAAACUAAUUUGACGGAUGAUGGCUCUGCCGUGAGAUCCGUUGGUUAUUACAUGAAAGAUGUAGAAUCUUAUCUUCCCCUAUCUUUCGCUGGAGCUUUUCUCAUCUUCUACGGGGUCGGUGGCUACUUGAAAUGGUACUACUACAUCCAACGUCGAGAGAGGGCAGCAGACUGGAAAUGCCAACCGGAUCGGUUCUUACGACCUGUUGAUGAUAGACUAGAAUUCUGGUUGGGAUCGUUUAACAUGGCAAUUGGUGCACUUUCAUCGGGAAUUUUAGUAACCUACAUCAUGAACGGAGGGGAGACCAAACUUUAUUACAACAUCAAAGACUACGGGUGGGUUUACUUUCUUCUCUCCGUCCCUGGCUUUUAUGUGUACAACGAAGCUUCGACGUAUUACACACAUCGAAUGAUGCACCAUCCUAUUUUUUAUCGUCGGUAUCACAAGCUUCAUCAUCGCUUCAAGGCUCCAACCCCGUGGUCAGCUGCUGCCAUGCAUCCGUAUGAAUUUGUGAUCUUUCAGUUUCUCCUCGAGAUACCCAUCUUCCUGGUCCCGUUGCACACAGGUAAUCAACUCUAUUGCGUGAUCGUGACGUUCCAGAAUUAG